AUUCUGGUGGUGGUGGCGGGUAACGAAAACAAAAUUAUCUCUUCUUUUUUUAAAAAAAGGAAUAACAAAUUAGAGAGAAAGAGAAGUUGAAUGGGGGAUCUUUAUGCUUUGGACUUUGAUGGAGUUCUUUGUGAUAGCUGUGGAGAGACCGCUGUUUCUGCUGUCAAGGCUGCUAAAGUAAGGUGGCCGGGUCUCUUUGAUAAUGUGGAUUCUACAUUGGAGAAUUGGAUUGUUGAUCAGAUGGUUACAGUGCGACCUGUGGUGGAAACGGGAUAUGAAACUCUUUUACUUGUGAGGUUAUUGCUGGAAACGAGAAUACCUUCUAUUAGAAAAUCUUCGGUUUCAGAAGGGCUCACAGUUGAGGGGAUAUUGGACAAUUGGUUGAAGUUGAAGCCUGUCAUCAUGGAAGAAUGGGAUGAGAAUAGGGAGAUUCUGAUAGACCUUUUUGGGAAGGUGAGAGACGAAUGGUUGGAGAACGACUUCCAUACUUGGAUUGGCGCAAAUAGGUUCUAUCCAGGUGUUCCUGAUGCCCUAAAAUUUGCUAGCUCAAGAAUUUUUAUUGUCACAACAAAACAGGGCCGCUUUGCUGAUGCCUUAUUGCGUGAACUAGCUGGAGUGACACUACCCCCAGAAAGGAUAUUUGGCCUGGGUACCGGUCCUAAGGUAGAAGUGUUGAAGCAACUUCAAAAGAAACCAGAACACCAGGGGAUGAAACUACACUUUGUGGAAGAUCGACUGGCAACCCUAAAGAAUGUCAUUAAAGAACCUGAGUUAGAUGGUUGGAACUUGUAUCUCGUGGACUGGGGUUACAACACUCAGAAAGAGAGAGAGGAAGCAGCUAGCAUUCCCAGGAUUCGUCUCCUCGAGCUUUCUGACUUCAGUAUGAAGUUGAAAUAGCUUUGCUGUUUCAGUAACUUUAUCUCUAUUCUUCUCUUGAUUUAUUGUUUUACAACCGAUGAUGCAAAUAAGCUAUUGUUCUAAUUUUCACUUUAAGGGAAAUUAAUACUGUAUACUCAACAGAAAUUUCCACCCCCUUGAAAAAUCUUUAUUCUCUUUUUCUUUGGCAACUAUGCACAACAUUGCUAAUGAAGAAACCAAAAGCAUUCCAAUGC